GUAAAGCUUGGUGGGGCUUUGCGACCGCUACCGGCAAGGAUUGGUUGCGCUCGAGUUUGUCCUGGGAGAAGUGGGCCCUGCCGCGCCCCGUCUCCAGGGGCGGAUCAAAAUGUGUCUUCUGAUAGCCUGCCUUCCUCUUUGCCUUCAUCAGUUCCAGUGAGCACUUGAAUCCUGCCCUCACUAAUAUCUCUGAACUCCAGAAGAAUCUACAUAAUAAGAACAGUUAAGUUAGCUUGUUUUUAAUACAACUCUUUGGUAAUGCUUUUAAUGUUUGGCCAUUUAAAAAUAUUUUGGUGCCAAUCCUGCAAAAAAUUGCACAGUUAUGAGCAAGUACUUUUAAUAAACUUAAGUUUGAAGCCUUCAUUCUGCAAACACAUUUAUGCAGGUAGAUCUUGAUGCUGAUGUAUAGUUCCACUGACUUCACUGGGACUCUGUACAGGUUCAAGGGUCUGCUCACCUGGAUCCAUUUACAGAAUUGGGGCCUUAUUUUCUUUAGUUAAAAUCCAAUGUGGAUACACUGUUUUCCUUUUCUGAGUUUUGCUCGUCCACCAACCAAGCAGUUUAAAACUCGGUACAGUGAAUUUGCUUUAAAAGGGAAGUAGAUCAGUUGUUGGGACGUCUGUAGCCAUAAAAGAAUAUGCAAAUUUGUAUAUGUUUAGUCAGAACAAGCUAUGGUUGAAUAUCCAUGGAAUACAAGUUUCGAAAAGAAGGUUGUAUACAUUUUCUCCAGUGGACAAACAUCAAGACAUACUGGCUAUGUAUCUUUACUCAGUUCUUUUAUAAAAAAAAAAAAAAAAAAAAUACUUAUUCAUUGCUGGCAAAACCCAGGAUGUUGUAGGAAAGAGUGCUGGCAGUGCAGUAGAUGGCACUGUUCUCUCAAGUCUGAAUCGGUGCCCCAACAUGAUGAUAGAAGGCACUGUUUGUCGCUGGAGCUUUUUCAUGUGAGACUUUAAACUGAGGUCUUGAUAAUUCAGAAUGGCAUGGUAUUUUUGCAUGGUCUGGUCACAUUGACUCUGUAACUUCACCCUGCCUGCCUAAAAUUCCUCUGACGUUUAAAUGAUCACAGUAUUUUUCACUUUCUAUCCCAUUUCAGAAGUAUUGCUAUGCACCCAGUCCCGCAUGACUCCAUCCAAAUGGCUUCAUUUCAGAGGUUGGCAGGAUUCCUGGAUUUGUGAUACCGUAGAAGAAAUGCCUCUAUAAAGCUACAAAUCCAUUUCUUUAAUUGGACAGAAGUAAUUUAAGAAGUGACCCAUAAUCCCCACAAGUAAUAAGUGAAGGCGUAAGACAUUCUCCAAAACAUAAUUUUUCCCCCAAAAUGGGAGAUCUGUCUCCUCUCCAGGAGCUGCAUAGGGAUGUGCUGAUAGGCACUUCUUUAACAAAGGACAGCCAUGAUUAUGCCUUUUUCCUCAAUCCGCAUGUUUCACCACAAGAUUCAUCCACAAGAGUUAAUGAGUCACAUAAUCAAAUAUGCCUAGAAUCUCCUAACUGGGGCACUUGGAGCCAUCAGGACUCUGCUGUUUCAGAUGCUCUUGCCCUUGUGACAGAUGAUAAAUCUGGUAGCUUUGCAAACACGAACUCUUCAAUGUUCUGUUCACGGGAAAUGAUACUGCUCCAGUUAACCUUGAUCAAGAUGAUGAUUGCCAAAGUACAGUCCCAGGAAACUGAAUUCAGCAUAAGACAGAAGUACCUUGAUAUAAUUACAAUUCUUCUGAAAGAGACAAAAAUUGAUUCAAAAUUAAUUUGUCUAUGCAAUACUUCUGAUAAGCUGUUGUCUCACAUGGCUUCAAAAAGUAUAGCCUCCCUUGUGUAUUUCCAACUAAAGAAAGAGAAUACGUUUAAUGUCACCUGGCUCACUUUUUGUUUGAAGACUCUGUCAGAAUUCCCUAAGAGUGAUCAAGUAGCAGAAUGUCUAUGGAUUCUUAGAGCUAUUAUUAGAGACAUUUUGAAAGAUAAAGAUUUGCACAAAGCAGAUAUACUGAAGAAUGUUUUCACUCCUCUUGAUACUGUACUUGAAGGAUUUUACAAUUCCAUUUUGUCUCAUCAUUGUAACGGCUGCCAAGGUACUUCAUUAUAUUCUAAAGCUGCAAACAACUUGAUCGAAUUCAUAGAUUUUCUUGACGUUCUCGUCACCUCAAGAAUCCAACUAGAGUCACAUUUCAAAUGCCAAAGAAUUUUAUUUUUGAAUACUUCUUACAUCUUGGACCUCACUUAUUCAUCAGUUCAUUAUUUAAUCAAGAAGAAGUCCAUUAUGCUCCUUAAAAAAUGCAUCCUUUAUAAAGCUGGUGAAGAUUUCGUAAGUGGAUCAUUACCCACUUUAUCCUUACAGGAUCCUUAUUUGAAUAAGGAUAUGUUAGCACUGGCUAAUGUUGUCUUGCAAGCUGUGAAUUUGGGGUGGCUGAAUCAAAUACCUGUUUCUGAAAAAGCCAGCUAUUUUGGAGGCAGUGAAGCUCAACCUGAGGAUGGCAUCCACAGUGGUCCUGACCAAGUAAUCCUCAGAGCCUUGAGUUUGGUUUUACUUAAAGCUUUAGAGAUCAAGGUCCAGAACUCUACUAAAGCAGCUGAAAUAAAAGCAGACUUGCAGAGUUUCAUGUCCCAGUUAUUGAUAUUCUUGAAGAAACAUCUGAAGUCUUCUCAGCAUUUUCAUCCAAAUGUACAUCCUUGUGAGUGGCUUUCCAUGGUCUUUAUAGAACAAGAUGAUGACAUGCUGGAAGCUGCUAAAUCAUUGCUAACAGUUUAUUUAAAGUUUGAUAGAUUAUGGCAUGAUGAUGCUGGUAACUUGUGCAUUGAAGCGGAAGAAGACGAAACCUGGAUCUACCUGACACAUGAGAGCGGCUGUAAUCCUCACUGUAUCUUUUUAUUUUUCCUAAAAAGCAUUGCGUUUGAUUCCACAGUUCUUCUUGACUUUUUGAUUUCAUCAGAAACCUGCUUCCUUGAGUAUUUUGUAAGAUACUUAAAACUUCUUAGAGAAGACUGGCAUCAUUUUGUCAACAUAUCUAACUGCUUUGAUAUUGCGUCUAAAAGAGGUGUGUGUGUUUCUUUUGUCACCUCAUCCCAUCAAGAAAAAAAAACCUGCCUGACAGAUGAGAGUUUGGAAAAUGCUUGUAGUGAUCCAGUACAACACACUCUGGUAUCUUUGGCUUCUUCCCAGAAGCCUUCUGUGCCAAUGGAACAGCAAGGUGAUGACCAAGUUGUAAAACCCAACAAGCCUAACUCAUUGAUAAGGACUGAUAACACAUCUGCGUUGGAUUGCCUUCAAAGCCUUGUUAAUUAUGACAGUUCAGAAGAUUCUGAAUUGGAGUCAGUUGGAAAGGAGUGUUUGGCAAACAUGAAGCAGAUGCCUUCAAAUAAUCAAGGCAGUACAAAGAUAAGGGAAACUGUUUGUAUGGAUGCAGAUGACAAACCCCAUACACUUGAACCUAAAGUGUUACCCCUGAAACAAAAAAGUUCUAAUCCCUCGUCACUCAUGGUAUGUAAUAUGUCCCCAAAUAUCCCUGUGCCUGUAGAAAGAAUGCUUCUCAAAUCAAUGACAUGUUUGGAAGAACUGCAAAAAGCAAUUUCUAGGUUACAGAGAAGAAACCUUUUCCCAUACAACCCAGCUGCAUUGUUGAAACUGUUGAGACAAUCAAUAAAAGCAUGAAUCCACUAUAAGGCAAUGAAGUGCUAUUGUUGACAUUUUGAAGUGAUUUCACACUAGUAUGUGAUGGAAUGUUUCCAUAAGACGAGUGUACAUGCUCAAAGAUACAUUCCUUUUGGACCAAGCAGGCUAAACUGGCUGCCAACUGACACUUUGAAAAGACAAAUCUGCAGCAGCAUUUAAGAAUUCAACCUGUUUCAUGGUCCCAAACUUAUUCAUGGUACGUAUGACAGAGUGAGGGUGAGUUACUGGGUAUUAGCAAAUUUAACAAUAAAUUGAUUAUUCACAUAAAGACAUAAUAAAGUACUUUCACCUGAA